AUGAUAAGGUCUUUGAUUUUUGUUUCCCUGUUCAUACACUCAACUUUAGCACAGAAUCCAUCUCAGUCUUCUCCAACGAAAUGGCAGACUUUAAAAGGUGAGCGGCCAAUUGUUAUAGCCCGAGGUGGGUUUUCAGGGCUGUUCCCAGAAUCCAGCAGUUUUGCGAAUCAAAUCGCGGUUUCUACAGGUUUGCCAGACAUGGCUGUGUCCUGCAACCUGCAACUCACAAAAGAUGGCAUUGGAAUAUGUUUACCGGAUGUUCGGAUUGACAACUCAACUACUAUUUCGUCAAUCUAUCCAAAAGGACAAAGUACCUACAAGGUAAAUGGGCAAAGCCUUCGUGGGUGGUUCACAGUGGAUUAUACAUCUGAUCAGCUAUUGAGCAAUGUCACAUUGAUGCAGAAUGUAUACUCUAGGUCGAAUUUGUUCGACGGUCAAUUACCAAUCUCUACUGUUGAAGAUGUCACAGGAAUCAAGCCACCAAAGUUUUGGUUGAAUGUCCCGUACGAAAAAUUCUACAUCGAGCAUAAACUUAGUCCAGCAGCAUACAUCGACACAGCAUCAAAACACAUGAUUAUAAACUACAUUUCAUCUCCUGAGAUAGGCUUCUUGAAACUCAUGAAUAGUAAAGUAAACAAACAGAAGACAAAGCUCAUAUUUCAGUUCCUGGGCUUAGAAGAUAUUGAACCCACAAUCAAUCACAAGUACAAAUCAAUCCUGCAGAGUAUUGAUUCUAUGAUCAGGCCCCUAGUAUCUGGGAUUCUUGUCCCCAAAGAAUACAUAUGGCCUGUAAGCAAUGAUGGAUAUUUGGGGGAACCAACUAGUCUCGUUGAUGAUGCCCACAAACUAGGACUUGAGGUUUAUGCUUAUGGUUUUGCAAACGAUAUUCCCACGAGUUAUGACUAUAAUUAUGACCCAACAGCUGAGUACACCCAGUUUGUAGAUAACUCUAGGUUCUCUGUUGAUGGGGUGCUUACUGAUUUCCCUCCUACAGCAUCAGAAGCCAUAGGUGAGAUUAUCAGCUUCUUAUUUCUUGUACUUGUAAUAAUCCAAAAACCUUUCAUUGGGGGCUCUGGACUAACCUUGCCAACGCUUUUCUCAAAUGCAGCCUGUUUUGCACACAAGAAGAAUGAAAGCAAACCUAGAAAAGGAGCCCCUUUGAUCAUAAGUAACAAUGGAGCCAGUGGGAUUUAUGCUGGCAGCAGUGACCUUGCUUAUCAGAAAGCAGUAGAAGACGGGGCUGACAUAAUAGAUUGCUCGGUCCAAUUGUCACAGGAUGGAGUAGCGUUCUGCUUACCAAGUGCAGAUCUAGCUGGAGAUACUACUGCCAUGUUGCCUUUCAUUGAUAGAAAAGCUGUCAUCCCUGAAAUUCAACCAGAAGAAGGGGUGUUUUCAUUCGAUCUCACUUGGAAUGAGAUUCAAACAUUGCAAUCCCAACUGGUUAGUCCUUUUGGUAACAGCAGCAUUGUAAGAAACCCUGCUAACAAGAACAAGGGGAACUUCGUGACCCUCUCUGAAUUUUUAGAAUUUGCAAAGGCAAAGGCAGUUUCUGGGAUCCUGAUCAACAUUGAGAACGCUGCCUAUAUAGCAUCACAUAAAAGCCUUGACAUUGUAGUUAAAGUAGCUACAGCAUUAACCAAUGCCACUUUCGACAAGCAAUCAACUCAGAAAGUUCUGAUCCAAUCAGAUGACACAUCUGUUCUAUCCAAAUUCAAAGGUGUCCCAGCUUACAAAAGGGUAUUGAAAAUCAAGGAAAAAAUAGGGGAUGCACCUAAAGCUUCUGUAGACGAAAUAAAGAAGUAUGCAGACGGAGUGACCAUUCCUAGAAGCUCCAUAGUCAAAGUCAAUGAUUUUUUCACAGUGGGGUUCACCAAUGUCGUCAAGGAAAUGCACGCAGCAAAUCUCACCGUCUAUGUCUAUCAACUCAGGAACGAGUACGUCUCUCUGGCUUUCGAUUACUUCAGCGACCCAAUAGUGGAGAUUGCCACUUAUGUUCAAGCUGUUCAAGUUGAUGGACUCGUCACUGAUUUUCCAGGAACUGCAAGCAAAUACUUGAGGUGUCCAUGUACAGAUACUGACCCAAAAGCCAACAUACCAUAUGCCAUAUUGCCAGCUGAAGCUGGUUCUCUGCUGAGCUUAAUCCCACCUGAGAUUCAACCGCCGGCACAAGCUCCAGCUCAGCCUCUGGAUGUCAAAGAUGUGGUUGACCCGCCUCUCCCUCCGCUGAGUAAAGACAACAAAACUCAGGAAACGGAAAAUCUACCUCAGAGAGGUGGGUCCAGAAGUGGUUUGGCAAAUGCUGCAAAUGUUGGUUUUUCUCUGGUGGCAGUAAUGCUACUAAGUUUGCUGCUCUCUUUUGGGUCUUAAAACACCAAUUGACUCAGUGUGGCUUCCUCUACUUCUUUUUCCAUCUCUUUUGUUCUGCGUCUUAUAAAUUUGUGCCAUUAGUAAACACUGGACUUAGCUUGUACCAUGACGGUCAUAUAUUUAAGUAGUAAAUUAUAUUAUAAGCUUUUGGUUCUUUUAUCUCUUGAUGGCUGAAUUGGAUAUUCAAAAAAUGAUGAAUUCUUAGAAGAGUUUUUCAAGUUGGAAUUUUUGGUGACUCACUAUACUUAUAGCAAAAUAAAGCAAUAAUCUUUUAUAGCAAAAAAAAUUACUUUUCAAUUAAAGUCCCUUCUCAUACCCAAAGGUUUCAUUGAUUUAUUUGCGCAUGGGUUAUCUGUUCUCUUUACUAUAACACCCAUAAUAUAAUGAAAAAGAAUAGAUUUUGGAGAAUGGGUUGUUGGAGGCUCAGAUUCGCCUUAUCUCAGACAAUGAGAGAGAAAAGAAACAGCUACCAGUGGCUGGAAACGACGACGGAUCACCACCUGGAAAAGGACUGACCCAUCCAUUUUCC